AUGAGUGACGAAGUGAAAUUGGAAGAGUAUGGUCGUGCCACAAGUCGUGCGCAAUCCCUAGAUGACUCCUCCUCUGUUUCCUCCUCCUUGAAGAGGAGAAGAGUGGACAUGGGGGAUGAUGACGACGAUGAUGAUGACGACGACGACGAUGAGGAGGAACAAGAUAAGGAAUCUAUACCGAUUCAAAGUAUAUUGAACUCGGAGAACGCUAUGGCUCAUCUAGUGGCUGCUAAUAAUGCUGCUGCUGCUGCUGCGGCCGCUGCUGCUGCCGGUGUCGAUUUGAAUGACGUUCGUGAUAUUGCCCGUGGUAUGAACCAUAAUAAUAACAACAACAACAACAAUGAUAACAAUAGUAGUAACAAUAACAAUAAUAGCACUAGCAAUAAUAACAUACAUCCUACUACGGGGAAACCCUUGAGGAACACCAAGAGGGCUGCACAGAACAGAAAUGCACAAAAGGCAUACAGAGAACGUAGAGACAAGAGAAUUAAAGAAUUGGAAGAUAUCGCUGCUCAAUUCGAAAUAUUGAAGCAGGAAAACUUGGUGUUGAGAGACCAAGUAGAGUCCUUGAAGAGGAAGCUAGCUGAGCAAACCCAAUGA